CAAAAAGAGAAAAAUGCAAUCCCCCGCCAUCGCACAAUCAUGGCCGUCCGUUUUUUUUCCGGAGCUAGUGGUCACUAUUUGAGUUUCUCUCUACGUGUACCUACAAUCAUCACAAAGCAUACACAGCAUCUCAACCGUCCGACGAGCAUAAUAACCGAUCUCCCACUUUCCGGUAGAACGACCCUUCGCUCCUCUACGUGGAGCGUAUGAUAAUCACGAAUACCUUUGCCGCCUCCACCGUCAGAUCUCCAUCAUAAAAAUCAUUUCCCCGUCUCUCAGGCGGCAUAGCGAGGGAGCUCUCCAUUUUCACCUCAUUUCCUCGAUCUUCACAUCCCGAUCGAUUCCAGACCGCCGGAAACAUCACCGGACGCCUCCGACGUUUUGCCCAUAUGGCACCCAUUAGGGGCAUCCUUUCGAUGCAGAGAGCAGUGUUGGCUCAUCAUCAAGCUAACAAACUCCCUCUAGCCUUCCGAUCAUUAAGCACACAAGCUGCAAGCAAUGCCAGCACACCACAGCCACCUUCACCACCACCACCACCUCCUGAGAAGACCCAUUUCGGUGGCUUGAGUGACGAGGAUCGCAUCUUCACCAACUUGUAUGGACUCCACGACCCUUUCCUCAAAGGUGCAAUGAAAAGAGGUGACUGGUACAGAACCAAGGACUUGGUCCUCAAGGGCACCGAUUGGAUAGUCAACGAAGUAAAGAAAUCCGGCCUCAGAGGUCGUGGUGGGGCUGGUUUCCCCUCGGGACUCAAAUGGUCAUUCAUGCCCAAAGUCUCUGACGGCCGCCCUUCCUAUCUGGUAGUCAAUGCCGAUGAAAGUGAACCGGGAACUUGCAAAGACAGAGAAAUCAUGCGUCAUGAUCCCCACAAGCUGCUCGAGGGCUGUUUGAUUGCUGGUGUAGGAAUGAGAGCUCGUGCUGCAUACAUCUACAUCAGGGGUUACGACUUCGAUGUUCAUAUCCACUAUGGGGCUGGUGCUUACAUUUGCGGAGAAGAAACCGCUCUUCUAGAAAGCCUUGAGGGGAAGCAAGGCAAGCCAAGGUUGAAGCCGCCUUUCCCUGCCAAUGCAGGACUCUACGGAUGCCCUACUACAGUGACAAAUGUUGAGACAGUCGCGGUCUCUCCCACUAUCCUCCGACGUGGGCCUGAGUGGUUUGCUAGUUUCGGAAGGAAGAACAACUCUGGAACAAAGCUGUUCUGUGUCUCUGGCCAUGUGAACAAGCCAUGCACAGUUGAGGAAGAGAUGAGUAUUUCCUUAAAGGAGCUCAUUGAACGACACUGUGGUGGGGUCCGCGGUGGAUGGGACAACUUGCUGGCUGUUAUCCCAGGUGGGUCUUCGGUCCCGUUAUUGCCAAAACACAUAUGUGAUGACGUGUUGAUGGAUUACGACGCAUUGAAGAAUGUGCAAUCAGGAUUAGGAACAGCGGCGGUGAUAGUGAUGGAUAAGUCUACAGAUGUUGUUGAUGCGAUUGCUAGGCUGUCGUACUUCUACAAACACGAGAGCUGUGGGCAGUGUACUCCAUGUAGGGAAGGAACAGGGUGGCUGUGGAUGAUUAUGGAGAGGAUGAAAGUUGGAGAUGCGAAGUUGGAAGAGAUUGAUAUGCUUCAGGAGGUGACUAAGCAGAUUGAGGGGCAUACUAUCUGUGCUCUGGGUGAUGCUGCUGCUUGGCCUGUCCAAGGACUAAUUAGACAUUUCAGGCCGGAGCUCGAGAGGAGGAUCAGGGAGCGUGCAGAUAGAGAGUUGCUGCAGGCUACUGCUUAA